AUGAAUUACUACAUCCUGUUAGUUUUACCAGUGGCACCUGAGGUUAUUCGUUCUUUCUCCCUUAUGUCCUCCUCUCCCUACCUCACUCACUCAUUCACCCGGUACAAAAUCCAUCUCUGCCACCGAAACCCCUAAUUCAUCGCGAUGAGUCUCGCUCUUAGGGGCAUACACCCGAAGCUGAUUCCAAACUUCACCCUCAUUUCCCCCGUUGCGUUACGUACGGUCAGUGCUAGGCACAACAGCCGGCAUCCGACCCUGUCUUGUCAAAGUUCCUCUUCGUCACCUCUACCAGCAAAUUCCCAGAUGGAAAAAUACACGCGCCCACCAGCCCAGUUUCCCCCCGUGUCUCCACACCGUAGUUCUGUACAAGGCACCACCGCAGAGAUUGAGGAGUGGCUUCGGGAAGACGGCCAUCGCGCAUGGGGGUUUGUUAUCUACCGCUCUACGUAUCAGAAUCAGGCAGCCUGGGAUGAAUUUAUGCGACGUCUACUCGCCAAUACGACCGAAAUGCUAGAAUAUGAUGCAGGUCUGGAUCUACUGGAUAACCUGGCCUUAACUGUAUUUGAUAACCCGGACCAAUUCGACAACGCUACGACAGCGAUGGUCCGGGAUCAUUUUAAGCAAUGGGCGGCGACAAUGGACGAGGAGGAACAGGGCCCUAUUUAUAUCCCAAAGCAUUUGAGAAUUCCUGGAUCGCAACGAUAUAAAUACUGCAUCCAGGUCACGCAGGAGGCGUUAGAAUCAGCUCUUGCUGAUGACUGUGAGAAAAAACAAAUGGGGUUUGUCUAUAUUAUACAAGCGAAAUGGCAAGAGUACAGUCCGUACGUGGACGGAGAGAGGCUCGAGGAGGAGGAAGAGGCGAUUGAAGGGUGCACUCUAGAAGAUGUAGGCUGGAUGAAGGUCCCAUUUGAGAGUCUGAUGCCUGUAAUUUGGUGUUACUUGCGGCCUCAAUGGGCUUGGGAUGUAGAGUAUCACCGUCCGCCAGACAUGUCUUGUUACCCGUGA